AUGAAGAAAUAGGAAAUAACAUUUAGCCAUGAACAGUAUAUUCAUUAUCUCAAUUUAAAAAUAUAAGAAUCAAAAGAAGAUUUAUUAUCUUCGCCAUGUAAAGAUUAAAUAUUUUAAUUAGGAUUAUUAUUUUAACAAAGUUAUGUUCAAAACUUAAUAAUAAUAGAUGAAGCCAGGUCAUUGAACUAUUUAUAAAAUAAUUCAGAUGAUAUUUAUUAAACAGAAGGCGAAAAUCUAAGUUAGUUUGUUGAGCAUCGCAAAAAGAUGGAAAAUGGACUCAUAUCGUUACCUGAAAAUGCUCCUAUUGAUUUUGUAGAAUCAGGUAUAGUGAUGAGUCAAGAAAGACCAUUUAACUAUCUCAGUGAAGAAGAAUAUUAACUGAAUAUUCCUACAAACUUAGGACAGAACAUGUAAUCUCAAUAUAAAAGGUAGCUUGAUAAGCAUAUUUCAUAGCUUAAAAAAAGAUAAUAAUAUGAAAAUAAUGUAAAGAAAGACUACUUGAAGUCACCAAAAUAAUAACUUAAAGAUGAGGAUCCACUGUUUUAGAUUUCUUAUUAAAGCUUAAUUGCAAAUAGAAGUAUUAAGCAAAGUGAUGAAAUUGUUGACUAGAAAUAUCUUAUAGCAAAUUUUUUCAAAGUGAAUGAGUCUUUCAAUGAAUUGUAAAAGCUGAUUCAACAGAAAGAAGAAAAUGUAAGGAAUAGUUUGAUGUAACCAUAAGGAGAUAUUCCUUUUGAUAUUUAGCUAUCUAAAUCUUAGACUGAACAAAACAGAUGCUCGUUUUUAUUAGGAUAACUUUUAUCUCUCGAAUAAAACAAAAUACAUUCACCAUAUUUCGAAAGAGUUCAGUUUAAAAUAAAACUCAUUUAUUAAUUAAUGGACAAACUUUAACAGAUUUAAUAGUUUUACUUAGAAGUUUUUGAGAUUUUUAAUUUUUUAUAAUAAAAUGUGAAAUAAAUAUCAAUACCUCUUAUUUAAGAUGCGACUGAAUAGUUUCAUAGAUUUAUUUAAAAACAAAAGACAUGCUUUCUAACUUAAAAAGAGAAUGAUAAUUCAAAUUAUUAAAUGUAAACUAAAAAAUAGCCUCACUUAUCUGAGAGACUGAGAUAAGAAUUAAUAAAUAUCUUUAGAGAAAAAAAAAGUCUUGAAAAAAUUAGAAAUGACAUUAGAGAGAAUUUUAUAAAUAAAAAAGAAAUUUAAAAACUCUUCUCAUAUUAAUAAUAUUUUUUGGCAAUCACAUAGAUUUAAGAUCAAAUCUAAUAAAAAAUUCAAUAGAAAGGAAAAUUAUUGCACAUAACUCAAAUUCUUUAUAAAGAGAUAAUUGAUUAAGCUUCGCUGAUAACCUUUAGAUACUUUUCUGAGUAUGAAGACGAAGAAAUACAAAACAGUUACAUUUUUGCUGAGGAAAUUUACAAACUUAAAAAACAAUUAAAAAUAUAUAUAUAAAGAAAUUUAGAAUUUAAUGAUGAUUAAAUGCUUAAUCUCACAUAUUAUUAUCAAUAGCUUGUUUAACAAAGAAGAAAUACUUAAAAUUAAUUGCUUAGAAAAGUUUACAGAAAAUUUCUUUAAACUAGAAAAGAGUAUUUAAAGAAGGUAGGAAAAUACAACAAAAACGAAUGA